AUGGCUGAGAUUGACAAAGCAGUGCUUAUGUCUCUUGAACCAUCUCAUAAUCUGGAGACAGCAAUAGAUAAUGGAAACGAUGAAAAUAAUUUUCCGAAGAUGAGUCCAGUACAAAUACAGCAAGAAUAUUAUGAAAAUCUUCCAGAUUGUGAUUGGAUUAAAUAUACAUAUGCUGAAAGAAAAUAUUUAUUACAAAAUGUGGCAUUUGCAUUAUUCGGAAGUCCAACAGCAGAAGGAGAUUUGGCUCUGACUUCUGGAAACAUACAACUAGAAGGUUACACAUCACGACAAAGGGAACAAGUUAUGAAAGUUUAUAAAUCUAUCUGCAAACAAAGUAAAUAUGCACAAAAUGAUUCAGACAUUUAUAUGUCAGUAUUAUUAAUUGUAUGUGGAAAACCAAAACCUCUUAAAUUUUACGAACUUGAACCAUCUAAUUAUUGGCUGGAUUUACACCAAAGAACAGAUAUUGAUAUUUGGUGCACAGCUGUAUUCAAGAUAAGGAAAUGCGUACCAACUGUAGUUGGAGCAAAAUCUUGUAAAGUUUAUGUUGAUGAGAAUGGCAGGGUUUACCACUCCUGGGAGUCAUAUUUGAAAGAUAACACAUUACCUAAAUGUGUUAUUAUAGCUCCUGAAAACGGCGAAUAUCAAGGUGUUGUUACUGAGGGUGAUCACAUGUUUGCAGUGAAGCUAACAGUGGCGCCAUCACCUUCAUUGGGGUUAAAGGCCAGAGUUCUAAGUUCAGUGGACACAGCAAGCACCGUUGCUACUUUAGGUGCUGUUGGUGUACUCGGUGUUGCUGCAUUCACACCUGUAGGGCCAGUAGUCCUUGCUGGUGCGGCUGUAGCAACUGUUGCUACCGGAGUCUAUGGCCUUUUCAGAUCAUCACUACACCUCCAUGAUAGGAAGAUUCAUGAGCAGACUUUGAGCCCCACAGACCCCGAAGCCCGUGGUAGUUGGCUGAACAUAGCUGCAUCCAGUGUGGGACUCGCUGCAGGUGCCGCUAGCACUUUACUAUCAAAAUCAGCUGCCGCCGGCACCAAUCUUACCAAGACGGGUCAAGCUUUGGCAGUGUCGGUUGAAGUUCUUCGUCAUGCGAACAUAAUAACAGGUGGAAUGGGUGUACUAAACAGCUUAGUACACAUAAUUGUCAAGUACACAAAACAUGGUGAGAAGCCAACAACCCUGGAAUUGUUCCAAUUCUCAGCGGCAACACUAUUCUUCUGUCAUGCUGUGGUAUCAAACAAAACAGCACAGAACAUUGUAGAAGAUGCCCAAGCUAACACUAUAAACGAAUAUAGAACCACACUAAGAAGCAAUAAGCACAGGAAGAUAUUCGAUAAAAUCAGCGCCGAAUCCCGUAGAGUGAGUGGCACGGUCCAGGGUAAUGUUGAAGUGAUCCGAGGCAUCAAGAAUAUUGCGAACAAAGACCAGUACUUUGCAGAUGUUCUGAAGAUAAACAAAGACGUCAAUCAGCACAAACUUAGGAUAUCUAUGACGUCAGACGGUCAGGUUAAAUUGAACGCUGUGCACAAAUUUAAUCCUUCAGAGCUAUACAAUUUAGGUAAUGAGGGUAGAUCGCAAUUAUUCUCAUCGAUAGGACCAGCUACUGUCACCACUCCUAAUGUUUCAACGCGAGUGGCACCUCCAGUUAAUGCAGUACCGGGAUAUAUUGAGGGCGAAGAAGAAUCAAGCUUUCUAGUUGGAAUCCAUCCAGGAGAGAUUAUUCGCAUCGGCACUUUGUUGAUUCGUGUUAGUUCUUCGGGUGCUGAGAAUAUAUCAUUGAUGUUAGAAAACCUCAGCCAGGAUGUGUACGCCAAUCUAAUGACGGUUGCCUUCAACCUCCUAUCGAAGCUAUUACCAGAGGAAAUAGCAAAGCUGAGGCUACUAAGCCCUGAUGAGGACUUGAUUUACCAGAUUGUAAAAUUCGUUUUCAAUUAUCUUAGACACCAACGCCCUCUAGGUGAGGCGUGUGACAAUGAUAACGGUAUUGUCGUUAUAUUGAAAGAAUUCUUCCAAAAUGGCGUCGUCCGUCAAGAUACCAUCCUGAAGUUAAAGGAUAAUCUUAUAAAUUGGAUGAACAACGAAAUCGAUGAGAGACGUAGGUUAUACCCAAAUAAGAUACUUAUCAGAUGUCAAACAUGUGACGGUGUUAGAUAUGCUUAA